AUGAGAAUUACAACGAUGAUAAUGACUCCGUACUUCCUUGACGAUGAUCUGACUAGAAUAAAAAAAAAAUGCUCGAACGAUUAUAAGUAAUAAAAAUCAAUAAAAGAAACAGAAAAAGGGAUAACAGGAAACUGAAUCAUGGGAUCCUUGCCAAAUCUUCACGAAUUGUCGAAGGACAAACUCGAGAGUCCUGCUUUCAGACCAGCACCGAUUGGUGGUUUAGGACCUAUACGACUGCCAGCUCAACCUCCACCAUUAGCACACACACAUAGGCGCGUUAGAAGCAGUGGUCACCACCAUAAUCUGUGGGAUAACGAUGCUAUGCUAGAGCACAUGGCAGCUUAUUCGCCCAUCUCCUGCCGUUCCACAAGGACAUCCGCUCUAUCAUGGCGGCGACGGGACUCUAUGAAUUCCUCGGCGGGAGCAUCAUCCGUGCGUCGUCUAAUCGCCGCGGUCAGAGCAGCGCCUUCCGGUCCGCGACCGCCGAAAAAAGCGAUUCUUAGGCAUUGCGCGGCCCUCCUUCUAGGACACGCAAGCUGUUCAGCCGCUACGCUGCCCAUGUUCCCGUUGCAAGCUGGUCUCGGUAUAUUUAAUCCCCAACUGGGACCGAUGCUUCUAGCUCUUCUUUUCGCGACUGCGACCAUCACCAGUUGUUUUGCACCGAUAUUCGUGCAGAAACUUGGUACGAAUCUUGCGAUAAGUACCAGCCACGUGGCUACCACAUUCUUCGUUGGGGUACAUCUUUAUCCAAAGUGGUAUGUACUAUUACCCAGCUAUGCAAUUCUGGGUGCAUGUAUUACACCGAAUUUCAUAGCACGAGUUUCGCAUGUAAACACAUCAGCAACUAGCUUAGCUCUUGUAUGCGUUGAUCCUGAAGAUCCUGAUGAAACAAGACGCGAGUGCCUUCUGAGACGACUUAAUCGAGGAAUUAAAUUAGCAGAAGAUAUAGGUCUUGCACUGGGUUGUUUAAUUGCUGCCAUACUUGUAAAACUAACAGAUUCAAUACCUUCCGGCACAUUGAACAAUGAAAUAAAUGAUAUGUGUGGAGCAGAGUAUUGUCCAGAGGAAAUUUACCUUUACAAUGGCACAAUUAACACACCAACACUACCAUAUGGAACAUCAACGAUACUGGUCAGCAUAUGGCUUGGUCUUGCUGUAUUAGGCUUAAGCAUAUCUUGUGCUUUUCUGGAUUCCAGAAUGAAAGAACCACAGAAUGUAAACGAAAAACACAGUACGCAAAACAUUCUUGCAUCUGUAAAAUCUGCAUUUCAAGACCCUAAAUUACAAUUGGCUGCGCCACUAACUCUUUUUAUUGGUCUUGAACAGGGACUUAUCUAUGCUGAUUUUAUAGAGGCAUAUGUAGUCUGUGCUUUGGGAGGAGCUGGUACAGUAACUCUUAGUUUUUUAAGUUUGGCAUCUUUACAAGCUCUUGCUGGUGUAACACUAUCGAUGUUGUUAAGACACAUUAAACGAUACUUUGUUGUAGUUGUUGGGUUUGUAUUCCAUGCUUGUUUACUGCUGGUUCUGAUCACCUGGAGACCAUCUGGCGAUGAUCCAGCACUCUUUCACGUUAUAUCUGCUGCUUGGGGAGUUUGCAAUUCCAUUUGGGAAACUCUGAUAUAUACAUUAGUGCUGGGUUUAUAUCCAAAUUCUUGGCAAGGACCUUUAUCAACGUCUCUUUUUUGGAGGUGGCUUGGUCUUGCCUUAACACUGGGUUUACAUGGACUAGUUUGUACACGGUUUAGAGUACUUGGCCUUGCUUGUGUGUUACUUCUGUCCGUGGUUCCUUACAUAUGGUUAGAGAUCAGACUAGCAAAAAGGGGUAAAAGCCUGGCACCAUUGUGACUGGAAAAUUCGACUAUAAGUGAUCAUGGGUCAAGCAUCAUCAAGACAGAAGCUCGUUACAGAGAUUGAGACAAACUCGUUCCAUUCAGCUUAAGGACGACGAAGAGACACAACAGAACCAGGAAACAUUUUGUGGAACACGAUAGAAUUAAAGCGAAGAGGUGUUCACGACGGAGAGCUCAUAGCGUUGCUUUUGCGACCAAUGUUGAACAGAAUACAAUCACAAAGGAUAUUCCGUCGCAGCGUUCACCAACAACCGCGGACAACCAAAGAAAAACUACUAAAGCUGAUGACAGCACUGUUCUUCCUGUCUCUUCAAACUGAACGUCUAAUAAACUUUCGACAUCUCCCACAUUUAAGUGCUAGACUGGGACGAAUAAUAAGGUCAGUUUCGAAUUAAUCACCUUUAGUUAUAUUUUAAUUUUACUGUAACACUUUUCUAUUCUUGUACAUCUAAAUAUUCGCCAUAAAAUUUACAUUUCGACUAUAAUAUUGAAUAUUCAAUCAGUAUCUAAUCCCAGACA